AUGUUCACUAUGAACGGCAACGAAAUCGCAUUUGAUGUCGAGAACGCCCAGCUCGGCUGUGGUCUAAAUGGUGCUGUGUACUUUGUAUCCAUGGACGAGGACGGCGGCAUGGCCAAGUACUCUAACAACAAAGCUGGUGCGAAAUAUGGCACUGGGUACUGCGAUUCACAGUGUGCUCGAGACUUGAAAUGGAUAGGUGGCAAGGGAAAUGUUGAGGGCUGGUCGCCUUCGGAUAUGGAUGAGAACACCGGAAUCGGUGAUAUGGGUGCAUGCUGCGCAGAGAUGGACCUGUGGGAGGCAAACAGCAUGUCUUUUGCAUUGACACCUCAUCCUUGCGAGACUAACGAGUAUUUCAUCUGCGAGACCACUAAUUGCGGCGGUACAUAUAGCGAAGAACGUUAUUCCGGAUCGUGCGACCCCGAUGGAUCAUAUCGGCACGGUAACACGGACUUCUAUGGCAAAGGGAAGACCGUUGAUACUAGCCGGAAGUUCACUGUUGUCACGCAAUUCCAUGGUUCAGGCAGCACCCUGGAGCGUCUGAGCCAAUACUUUAUUCAAGACGGCAACAAAAUUCCCGUUCCUGAAUCCCAAUAUGUCAGUGGAGGAAGCGAGAUUGAUGCGGCGUUCUGUGAUGCUGCUAAGGAUGCUUUCGGUGACAGCCAGAAGUUCCAGGAGAUGGGUGGUCUGCCGCAAAUGGGGGACGCCACAGGCAAAGGGAUGGUCCUGGUUAUGAGUGUGUGGGAUGAUGGAUAUGCCAACAUGUUGUGGCUUGACGGCGAGCGGUAUCCUUUGGAUCGUGACCCGUCCGAGCCCGGAGUAGCCCGAGGCGAAUGCCCAACAGAGGGCAGCGAGCCCGCGACCGUUCGCGAGUCUCAACGAAAUGCUCAGGUCACAUACUCUAAUUUCAAAUACGGUUAG